AGUUUCAAAUCAAACACGAAAUUUUUCACAUACAGAGAGACUUAGAAACUCAACGGCACAUACAGAAGAUGAGGAAUCGAUUGAAGAGAUCGAAGGGGAUUUGCAGCUGCAGAUCUCCUACUGCUUGCUCCAAGUUCUGUUGGUUUGAGUUGGACCUGUGGACAUAUAUAGCAAAGUUUUUGGACGGAAAAUCUCUGGUAAUGCUGGCAGCGACCAGUAAAUGGUUCAACAAAGUUAUCAUGCAGGAAAGCGUGUGGAAGUAUGCUUGCUUGCGUGAUCUUCAGGUCUCCUGUCCACAACAAAUGUCAUUCAGUUGGAUCAAGCUAUACGCUACCGCUUUUGAUGGGAGUCAUUCUUACAACUUCCAUCAACAGGAGAAGCAUAUUGACUGGAUAAGAAUCGGUGCAUUUGCAUUUGACUCACAAGUAGCAUUUCUGAGUGAGAGACUGAGUGCUCCUCUAAGGUUCCCUAAAGGAGGAGAAACUAUAGAUGAUAUGUUGCAAUCCUGUGGGUCAUGCCUGCUGAAGAACAUCAAAUCUGGAAUCUGGCUAGCUGAUCUACAGCUUGUCCGAUGUCCUGUUUGUGACCAAGAUAAAUGCGAAGGAACAAUGCAGACAUUAGAUGCAAGGCACAUAGAGCUGUUCCUUUGUGAGGGGUAUCAGAACGGGAGUUGGGAGUAUGAGCUUCUUGGAUCUCAUGAAAUCAAAAAGCAUGCUGAAGGAGCUUCUGGAGCAAUUGCUGACAUGAAAUACCUCAGGAGCAAGACAACAAGUGGGGUCUUUGAUUCUAAGUCAUGGAUAGGGAAACCAAAUGACUAUCAACCAAAGGCCAUAAUUGCUCUCCAUGCUGUUGCAGUGAACACCAAUUUACAAGAAAAUGAAGGACUUCUUGUAAAGUACCAUAUAAUGAAGGCUGGAACACAAGGAGAAGUCGUUUCAAUAAGGAUCUCUCAGCAGCUCCUGUAAUACCACCCAAAUCCAGUAUUCCUCUCUGCAACUCUCUGUUUAUCACCAAUUACCCGUCAAAUUGAUUUCACUUUUACUUCCUGACCACCAUCAACCAUAGAAAUUAAAAUUGAAAUACCAUAGAAAAACUUUAUUCUAUCAGAUUUACAUCCAAUAUAGAAAUUACACAACGUGCAGAUUACGGAACUAUCUACCUCUAAUGUAAGUAGUUAUCAGAAACAUUUGAUUGAUGAAUGAUACAUUGUAAUGAAGACAAUUAUUAAUA